AUGUACAGUAUGAUCGAAGCGCUUGGUUGGUGCGUGUUACUCUAUUUCGGUUCUCGCCUGGCUCAGGUCAUCUACAGCAUUAUAUAUCCAUAUUAUAUUGCCAAGCCACUGAAACUCAAAGAAGCUGCCGGCGGUAAAUGGGCAGUAGUGACCGGGAGUACCGAUGGUAUUGGACGAGCUUAUGCACUCGAGCUGGCGCGAAACGGCUUUUCCAUUGAUCUCGAAGUCGGCAUAGUUGGUAACUUAUGUGAAAAUUUAAUUUUUGUAAUUUUUGAGAAGCAAAAACUGAAAAUUUACGCUUGA